AAGUCCGGGAGCCGCACUGCAUCUCCCUGAUCUUCGGCUGGCACGAUGGCAAUGCUGCUGCGAACACUGUGCUGCCUCACCUGGGCCCUGGCCUUCCCCACACCGGACCACAAGCCCCACGGCACCGCAGCAGGAGGCGGCAGCGGCGGCGGCAGCAGCUGGCAUCAUCUGGGCUCGCAUCCCGGCCCCAGCGACCCAGAGCUUGCAAGCCGCUGUGGCGAGGACGGCUUCGACGCCAUCACGCUGGAUGAAAACGGGACCAUGCUCUUCUUCCAAGGGGAUUUGGUCUGGAAGGGGUUCAGUGGGGCGGCCGAGCCCCUCAACGCCUCCUGGCCGGAGAUCCAAGGCCCCAUUGAUGCCGCCCUGAGGAUCCACCACCUGGACCGCCCUGACGUCCACGACAACGUCUUCCUCUUCAAGGGUGAACUCCUCUGGGCGUAUGCCGAGGGCAGGCUUCGUGCUGGCUACCCGCGUCCCAUUGGGGACGAGUUUAAAGGGGUCCCGGCAGACCUGGACGCGGCCGUGGAGUGCCACCCAAAGGAGUGCGGGGACGGGACCCUCCUCUUUUUCAAGGGCCCUCACGUUGUGACCUACGACUUGAAGACCCAGGUGGCAAAGCAGCGGGAGUGGCCAGCCCUGUCCAACUGCUCUGCGGCUGCCCGCUGGCUGGGGCGCUACUACUGCUUCCAGGGUGCCCGCUUUUGGCGCUUCGACCCGGUCACUGGGGAGGUGCCCCCCAACUACCCCCGGGACGCUAGAGACUACUUCAUGCGUUGCCCUGGCAGAGGCCAUGGGCACGAGGCUCGGAAGAACGCCACCCUCCAGGCCGUGCUUGACCUUUGCAGCGGGCUCCCCUUCCGGGCCUUCUCCUCAGACGAUGCUGGACGGAUCUACGCCUUCCGUGAGGGGCACUACUUCCAGGUGGACAAAAAAUCUUCCCGGGACGGAUUGCAUGCCUGGCCCCUGAGCCACACCUGGAAGGACCUGCAGGGAGAGGUGGAUGCCGCUUUCAGCUGGGACAACAAGCUCCACCUGAUCCAGGGCUCGCAGGUGACCAUCUACCUGGCUGACCAAGGUUACCGUCGCGUGGAGGGCUACCCUAAGCCCAUCCAGGAAGAGCUGGGGGUCUCUGGGGCCGACGCUGCCUUCUCCUGCCCCCAUUCCCAGUAUGUCUACCUGAUACAAGGAGACCAGCUCCGCCGUGUGGACCUGAACAAGAGCCCCCGCACCCCGGAGGCCCCCCAUCGCCUCUCCCACUCCCAGGUGGACAGCGCCCUCUGCUCCUCCGAGGGGAUCUACCUCUUCCGGGGGCCUGACUUCCACCACUACUCCAACGUGGACCAGCUCCUCUCUGCCACGGCCCCCUCCCCUGCCCAGAAGGUGGCCCCCGCCUUCCUCCGGUGCCCUUCGGGGCCAAAUGGGGGCCCAAAGCGCCCUCCGCACUGAGGAGAAGCACCCAGGGGUCCGUUUGGCCCUGCACCCCCUGCUGUAUCCCUAGAGUACGAAUAAACCUGUUGCCUCUUCUCAA